AUGGACCGACUGUGCGAGGCCGUCGCUCAAUUCGCUGACCAAUAUAAAGAUGAGCAGAAGAAGAUCGCGCAGGUCUGCAAGGACGUCGCGCAGGUCUCCGAGGACAUAGCGACGAUCAAGCUGAACGUUUCCCAGCGUGUACAAGAGCUCGGAGAAUUGCAGAAGAAGGCGGACGAGCUAGAGUCAGACUUGUAAGUUCGCCACCUCCUGCUCUGCGGAUCGAGAUGAUGCUAACCCUCGCAGCGACUUCCAUGACGUCCUUGUCCAGCCGACCGAAAGCGAGGUCCAGCAACUGAAGGAACGUAUCAGUCGUCUAGAGGAUCUGAAGGGCGAAGUCGACCAACUGCAAGACAUCAGAUCUCAAGUCGAACAGCUGCUUCAGGAGAGGGUGUGAGUUCACAUCCUUCCCUUCACUGUGAUGCGUGCUGACUUUCUAUACAGGGUGGACAAGGCUUUACUUGCCCAGCAACAGGCAUACAUUGACGAGAUGCCUGGCACAGCCCCAACAGCUCGCCGCGUUCCGAGCGCUUUGCCAAACCCCAGCUCGCAGACGUGCGGUCGCAGCGACGAGCCCGGCAGCGACGAAAACUUGUACGACGCGACCCCAAAAGCCACCCGUCAGAGGCAGGCUCUCACCACCAUCGCCAGAGAAGCAACCGCGCUGGUCGACAGCACCGCCUCCGCCGCUCAGAAGCGGACCGCACGCGAGCGAAACUCCUCCUCGAUGGUGCGCGAGGAGGCCGCACCAAAGAAGUCGGCGAAGCUGCAGCUUCAGCCUCAAGACGGCCAGCGGACUCCAAACACUCUCCGACGCUGCCGAGCCUCAAGCGAUCUCAAGAAGCAAGCGUCUUCGGAGAGCGUCCGCUCGGGCAGCAACACCGACAUGGCACUUCGCAACGCCCACUCCGCGACGCUGAACGAGCUCGCCUCUUCACCCGUGUCCCAGAACGACAUCCACACACGCUUUCCGUUCCGCUCCCAGAAGCAGCUCAAGUCUCUCCCGCGUGCCGCCCCUGCUCGUCAAGCUGAGAUCUCCGCUCCUCAAGCCGAAGUCACUGCUUCUCAAGCCGCUGCGAGCGCAGUCGAGCCACGCCGCAGCGAGCGCGUGCACAAGCCGAACAAGAGGUACGACGAAUCUGUGGACUUGAGCAACAGCAAAGCCGUCCGCAACGUCUGA